AUGGAUCUUGUUCGAAAGGAGCAUGAACGGCUGGCAAAGAGGCUCAAGGCCUCGCAGGGCACUAAAAAUGUCCAAGCUACCAUAGACCUCCUUCAGUCCGCCCGAGAUGCAAUUGCCGCUGACCCGAGCCAGGCAUCCAUCACUCUUGCAAAACUUCAGAACUCAGCCAAGUCAUCGUUUGACUCGAUCAACGACAGUCUCAAAGAGACCCAUAGUGGGCUGAACAAAUACAGCAAAGCACUAGAUAAGCUUUUCAAAGACAAACCACUGCCAAGCACCGAGCACGAUGCCUUGUCGUCCCAAGAACAUCUCAUCAACCGCGCCAUCGCCAUGCAUCUCCUACGGGAGGGGCAAUUCUCCGUCGCUGCGACAUUUCUCUCCGAAAUAGCCGAGAAAAAGGUUGCGAAUCAGGACCAGGAGAUGAACGCAGGCAGUACGGACAAUGGUGUGACGCUUCUUGAUAUCGAAGAGGUUCCGUCGGAUGAAGUACGGAAAGAAUUUGCCACCAUGUACUACAUACUGCACGAGAUGGAGGAGAACAACAACUUGCUUCCGGCCAUUCAUUGGUCAAGGGAAAAUAAGGAGGCCCUGGAGGCCCGAGGCAGCAAUCUCGAGUUUGAACUGUGCCGGUUACAGUUUGUUUGGCUAUUCCACGGUGGGCAAGAUUCCCAAGACUCCACGCCCGCGGGCCGGCAGGCUGCUCUGGAAUACGCCCGACGUGAGUUCCAGGCGUUCUUGCCCAGAUAUCUGGCGGAAAUCCAGCAGCUGAUGGGAGCCAUGGCAUUUGCCCCGAAUCUGCAAAGCUCACCUUACCGAGCUAUUUUCAACAAUCCAUCCGCAUGGACGGAUGUGGCCCAGUCAUUCACGCGAGAAUUCUGCUCGCUCCUUGGUCUUUCUGCGGAUUCGCCACUAUAUAUCGCUGCUACUGCUGGUGCAAUAGCUCUCCCUACCCUACUGAAACUGCAGACAAUCAUGAAAGCGAAACGCACUGAGUGGACUACGCAAAAUGAACUUCCGGUCGAAAUCCCACUGCCACCCUCCUAUCUCUUUCAUUCCAUUUUCGUCUGCCCUGUUUCCAAAGAACAAACCACGGACGCGAAUCCUCCUAUGAUGAUGCCAUGUGGACACGUGAUCGCAGAAGAGUCGUUGAAGCGUCUGUGCAAGGGCAAUCGGUUUAAGUGCCCUUAUUGUCCCAGCGAGAGCCAUCCUCGAGAGGCCCGAAAGGUUUUCCUCUGA